CUUUAUUUUCAGCACCGCCGCUCUGAUUUUCUCUCUCUCUUUCUGCUCUCUAUUUUUCUGGAAUUUCUCAGUAUCACAGAUGGUCAUGGAUAAAAACUAUAAGGGGCUAUAUGAGGCAACAUCUGCAAUUCAAAUAAAGGAUGAAGAUUUAUCAUUUUUUCCGGAUCUGAAUUUAAUUAACAAUCUCAGAGUUAGGGAUCAUAAUUUAGUCCAAAGAAAUCAACCUGAUGUUUUAGUUCCAUCGGCUGUUGAUAACUCUCAUGAAGAUUAUGAUUUUAGUGAUGUAGUGCUUAAGUACAUAAGUCAAAUGCUUAUGGAAGAGAAUAUUGAAGAGAAGGCUUGUAUGUUUCAAGAAUCUGCAGCUCUUCAAGCUGCUGAAAGAUCGUUUUAUGAAGUUAUCGGAGAGAAGUAUCCUCCUUCGUCCAAUCGGGAAAUGCCCAAUUUACGUGAGAUCGAGGGGCGGUACCCUGUGGAUUGUAGUAGUAGUAAUUAUUAUAGUUGUGUAAGUGAUGUUAGUGAUGGCUUACUAUGCCCAAAUUGGAAUCCUGAUAUUGGUGGUGAUAGUGACUCUUCACAUGCUCAACAUUUUCCGGUUGAUGGUGCUGGUGCUUCGACUUCUCAGUCGUCCCACAGUUCGCCAAGCAGCUCCGGAACUGUCACCGAUGCACAUUUGGAUUCGCCCGUGAACUCGAUUCAGAUACCGGACAUAUUUAGCGAUAGUGAGUCUAUCAUGCAGUUUAAGAAAGGCGUCGAGGAAGCAAGUAAGUUCCUUCCUACGGGUAAUAGUUUGCUCCUUGAUGUAAGGUAUAAUGUAGUGGGAAAGGAGGAUAAUGAAUACGGAAAAAAUGCUGUGGUGAAGGUGGAGAAUUGGGGGAAGCAUCAAUCUCCUGAAGGGUCAAGAGGGAAGAAAAACGUUCAUCACGAUGAUGUAGAUGCUAUGGAGGAGAGAAGUAACAAGCAAUCUGCAGUUUUUGCUGAAUCAACUGUUCGAUCAGAAAUGUUCGAUAGAGUGUUGCUAUGCAGUGGAGGGAAAAAUGAAUCUGCUCUUCGUGAGUCCUGGCAAACAGUAUCAAGUAAAAAUGCUCCAGAGGACGGCCUUCCGAAAGGAUCUAAUGGUCGGAAGUCCCGUGGAAAGAGGCAGGGGAGUAAAAGAGAUACAGUAGACUUAAGAACCAUUUUGACACUUUGUGCGCAAGCUGUUGCUGCAGAUGAUCGAAGGACAGCAAAUGAGUUUCUGAAGCAGAUUAGGCAAAAUUCUUCUUCGAUGGGGGAUGGGAUGCAAAGGCUGGCCCAUUACGUUGCCAAUGGUCUUGAGGCACGCAUGGCUGGUUCCGGUACUCAGAUUUAUACCGCCCUUAUUUCCAUGCCUACAUCGGCAGCUGAUGUCUUGAAAGCUUACCAGCUAUUUCUCGCUGCUUGCCCGUUUAGAAAGCUCUCGAACUUCUUCUCGAAUAAGACAAUUAUGAAUGUAGCUGAAAGGGCUAAAACAGUACAUAUUAUAGAUUUCGGUAUUAUGUAUGGCUUCCAAUGGCCUUGCUUCAUACAACGUCUCUCUUCUAGACCGGGUGGACCUCCCAAGCUUCGUAUAACGGGGAUAGAUUUUCCAAAUCCUGGUUUCCGACCAGCAGAGAGAGUUGAGGAAACAGGAAAGAGGUUAGCAAAUUAUGCCGAGAGUUUCAAUGUUCCGUUUGAGUUUAAAGCUAUAGCAAAGAAGUGGGAGACAAUUAAAGUGGAGGAUCUUGAGAUCCGGAAGGACGAGGUUCUUGUAGUAAACUGCUUGUAUCGGUUCAGGAAUCUACUUGAUGAGACUGUGGUUGCAAAUAGUCCAAGAGAUAUUGUAUUGAAUCUCAUCCGGACGUUGAAGCCUGAUGUUUUCAUACAGGGAAUUGUAAACGGUGCUUAUAACGCCCCGUUCUUUAUCACACGAUUCAGGGAGGCACUUUUUCACUACUCAUCAGUAUUUGAUAUGCUUGAAGCUAAUAUUCCCCGUGAAAUUCAUGAGAGAAUGCUGAUCGAAAAGAUAAUAUUUGGGCGGGAGGUGAUGAAUGUCGUAGCAUGUGAAGCUGCUGAGAGAAUUGAGAGACCAGAAACCUAUAAGCAAUGGCAGGUUCGAAAUAUAAGAGCUGGUUUUAGGCAGCUUCCGUUGAACGAGGAGAUCAUGAGGAUGGCGAAAGAGCGGGUGAAGGCAUAUCACAAGGAUUUUGUGAUUGAUGUAGACGGUCAUUGGCUACUGCAGGGAUGGAAAGGUCGUAUUAUUUAUGCACUUUCAACUUGGAAGGCAGCUUAUUAAAUUUGUCCCCAUUACUCGUGACGGAAGAAGUUCCUAUGCCAGGCUUUGCCUCUGCCCCUCAACUGUGAACUGGUUUAUGGUGCCGACUCUUUUGAAGAACAAAGGACUUUAUUGAAGGGCAAAGUAAUUGUUACAACGACAAAGGUUAUGUGCCGACCCCAACUUGUUUGGGACUGAGGCGUAAUUGUUGUUGUACGACAAAGGUUAUGGCUCGUGGUACUUAUUUGUCUCAGUAGGAGGCUAAGUGAGACGCAGAACUUGGAAGUGUGCUGCCUUACCUUCUCCACUGCAAUAAGUCUGUGGCGUUCAUUGUCAGUGUAACAGUGAACUGACAAACAGCCCGGUAACAAAACUUUUCCCUGGUAUUGCUUAUUUUUCCAGGACAUGUAAAACAUUGCGAGCCGAUUGGCCAUGUUUAUCAGUUGUAGCAGUUAAUUAUAAAUUUUGAAGAAUUUCCGUGGUAUCGCUACUAAUAUAGGCGAGCAUCAAGUGCUUGUUGUGCAUUCGGGUACGUUUACUUUCCAAAAGUAUGAUAAGAUUCAUUCAUAUUUUGAUAUUGAUACUGAAUUUUGUCAACUCUGUGCUGAGUUUAUUAUGCCUCA